CAUACAGCUCGCUGGAAAGAGAACACGAACACACAAAAGAAAAUAGUAGUUUUCCGUACAAAUCGAGCCCGACCCAGCCCAGAAAAGCAGAAAUCAAAGCGGACCCGAUAGCGUUUGUAAUUACUGUUGAGUUUCUCCGUAGAGUGUUCUCUACAGAACCGAACAUGCAAACCAUCAAGUGCGUGGUCGUAGGCGACGGAGCCGUGGGUAAGACCUGCCUGCUCAUCUCGUACACAACCAACAAAUUCCCCUCGGAAUAUGUGCCGACUGUCUUCGAUAACUAUGCGGUGACGGUGAUGAUUGGCGGCGAGCCCUACACACUGGGCUUGUUCGAUACAGCCGGUCAGGAGGACUACGAUCGGCUGCGUCCACUCUCCUAUCCGCAAACGGACGUCUUCCUUGUCUGCUUCUCGGUGGUCAGCCCCAGUUCCUUCGAGAACGUCAAGGAGAAGUGGGUCCCCGAGAUCACACACCAUUGCCAGAAGACGCCGUUCCUGCUGGUGGGCACACAAAUCGAUUUGCGCGACGAGACCAGCACGUUGGAGAAGCUGGCCAAGAAUAAGCAGAAGCCGAUAACCAUGGAGCAGGGCGAGAAACUGGCCAAGGAGCUGAAGGCAGUCAAGUAUGUGGAGUGCUCGGCCCUGACGCAGAAGGGCCUAAAGAAUGUCUUCGACGAGGCCAUACUGGCCGCACUGGAGCCGCCAGAGCCGACCAAGAAAAGGAAGUGCAAAUUCUUAUAAUUCGGUUUUCCUUUCUCUUCUGUCUGUCUGUCGGUCUACGUGCGUUUUCGUAUCCCUUCCACUCUUGCUUCUUGCUAACGCCUUCUUCCCAGGCUGCCUGAGGGGCAUUCUUCAAUAUAUAUACUGUAUAUUUUAUAUAUCUUUAUAUAUAUAUUGAAUUUUGAUUGUAUUACACUGCACCCACUGCUGCCCUGAAGUUCAAUUCCGUCACUCCUCUCUCUCUAUUUCUAUGUAACUGUCGCCGUGUAUGUCCCCGUUCCGUUCUGGAACCAUAGUCUAUAAUCACCGCAUCCGACUAUAGAUGAGUUUUUAUGAUUUCAUAUGCUUUUUACUUGGGGCAGCCUUCUUCCGCCCCUAAAAACUUCCAGAAACAGAAGACAGAAUUCGAGUCCCUCAAUCAAAUCAAAAUCGACUUCAUUGUCGUUUCUACUCCCAUACUUCUUGUUUUUGGCGCAAUUUUCUUAUUAAGCAAAAAGAAAGGAAACACAACAACAAUAACAAUAUAGCAAAAAAACAAAUUAUUUAUAUAUAUUUCUUUAUAUAUAUACAAGGAUUAAGUGGAAAGUGCGGAAAAGAUAUAGAAGUAUAGAAAACAAACAAAAAAUAAAAUGAGAACUAAGAAGAAGAACCAUGCAAUGUUUUGUUUUGCAUCAUCUGCAAUUAAAUCGCGAUGCGAGUCAGUCCCAAGAGCAACGCGAAGACGUGAGAAUUAAUAAGCAAGAGCGCCAAGAUUAUAUGGAAAUAUUUAUAUGACGAUAAUUGUGGCAGGCAUAGUGGCGGCGAAGGGAGGAGUGGCCGCUAACAAGCUAAUGAAACAAGCGAAGCAUAUUAUGUAAUAAAACUAAGAGUAUUGAAAUAUAUAUAUAUAUAUAUAUAUGAUUAAAACGUAAAUUAAAAGAAGCAAAGCAAGGAAAAUGGAAAACCUAAACAGACACAACUGAAGUCUACAAUCUAUGUAUAUGUAUGUGUAUGUAUAUAAAUAUAUAUAUAUACAUAUAACAUAUAUAUCUAUGCAAAUAUUGUAUAAUCCAUAAAGUAUAUAAACAAAUAGUUCAGAAAACAACAAACAAAAAGAAGCAUAGAUGAAAAACAAAAGGAAAAUACGAACUAAUGCAUUUUUUAAUAUUUUAUAUGUAUACAUUAUCAAUUUUUACAUUUUUU